AUGACUUCUUCAAAUACACCCUCUAUAGAUCAUGAAAAAGGUCCGAUGGAUGACCAGGUGGAAAAGAUUUCCACUCAUGGGUCACAUCCAGCUUCUAUAUCUGAAGAACACAAGCAAUAUCUUAUUGCAAAACAUGGAACCUAUGAAUUGGAUCCACUCCCAUCCAUGAGUGAUGACGAUCCAUUGAACUGGCCAGAUAGUUUCAAAUUCUUACAGUUGGGGAUGGUGGCUUUCCAUGGGUUUAUGGGGACUUUUAUGGCGUCAGGUAUAGUUCCAUCAUUCGGUAAAUACUCAGAAAUAUUGGACAAGCCUGUGCCUAGGGUCUCAUACUUGACUUCAGCCCAAAUUGUGCUCAUUGGUACAUUUCCAAUGUUUUGGGUGCCAGUUAUGCAAAGAUACGGUAAAAGGUUGCUUUUGAUUAUAUCAGUAUUGGGAACCAUGGCAUUCUCCAUUGGUGCUGUGUUCAGUACUGAUUACGGCACCUUGAUGGCAAUGAGAUGUUUGCUGGCGGUGUUUGUCUCUCCCGGUUUGGCAGUUGGUGGGGCAAUUGUAAAAGAAACUACAUUUAGUCACCAAAGAGGUUCAAGAAGUGGAGUUUGGGCUAUAUCUGUCAACUUGGGAACCAUGUUUGGUGCUUUCCUUAUGGGUUUUGUUGCUGAAUACCAAAAUCCAAAAUACGUUCAUGUUGUGUUUGCUUGUACCAUGUUUGUAUUAGCUGUCUGUUACUUGUUCCUUGGUAAAGAAACUUCGUAUAACCCAGCUGAUUUGUCAAGAAAUGAAACUAACAGAUUCAAACAAUUACGCUUCAAAGCCAUCUUCCCAGAGAACAAAAUCACCAUUUUUAAAUUUCUUGAACCACUAAUGUUUCUCUUGAAACCAAGAGUAUUUAUUCCUGCAUUUGGUUACACCAUGAUGUUUAUGCAUGGUAAUAUUGCCAUGAAUGUUGAAAUCCCCCAGGUUAUGGUGCACAAAUUUGAAUUGGGGCCACAAGCAUUGGGUUUGCAAUUUCUUUCAUUUGUUAUUGGUACUGUUAUUGGUGAAGUUGGUGGUUACUUGUCGGACAGAUUGGUGCAAUGGGGUCAUAAAAAUAACAAAGGUCCAAGUUUUAGAUUAUGGGUUACCCAUCCAGGCUACAUCACUUGCAUUGUUGGUUUGAUUGUCUUUGGUGUUCAAAUACAAAACAUUGACCACUACAAUGUGACUCCAUUGAUUGGAUGUGCAAUUGCUGCUUUUGGUUUGCAAAUUGGUACAUCACCAAUUAUCGCUUAUUGUAUUGAUCUGGAUCACACUAAAGCAGUACAAAUCAGUUUGUUUGUAACAUUUCUCAGACAAUUGUUUGCCUUUAUUGGGCCAUUUUAUUACCCCAAAAUGUUUGAUAAUUUAGGUUUUGCCGAAGCAUAUGGUAUAAUGGCAAUGUUGGUUGGGGUCUUGGGAUGGAUUCUUACAAGUUGUUUACAAUUUUGGGAGCAGAGGCAUGGCAGAUAG